AUGGAUAUGUCAAGCACAAUGACGAGCAGCAAUUCGCUCAACAUGCGACCAUUAUUUGGUGGAUAUCCAUUUCAAGGUCAGGGUCGUGUCAAUCAACUGGGUGGCGUUUUCAUCAAUGGUCGUCCCCUGCCGAAUCACAUUCGCUUGAAAAUUGUCGAAAUGGCGGCAAAUGGCGUGCGACCCUGCAACAUUUCCCGUCAACUGCGUGUCUCUCACGGCUGUGUUUCCAAAAUCCUCAAUCGUUAUCAAGAAACGGGAUCCAUCAGACCAGGUGUCAUCGGUGGAUCAAAGCCUCGCGUAGCUACGCCCGAAGUCGAAUCGAGAAUUGAAGAAUUGAAAAAACAAAAUCCCGGAAUUUUCAGCUGGGAAAUUCGAGAAAAAUUAAUAAAGGAAGGAGUUCCCGAUCCACCGUCAAUUUCAUCAAUUAGUCGUUUACUACGGAGUGGCAGUACUGGCAAAGACGACGAUGGACGAAAAGAUUACAGUAUUCACGGAAUAUUAGGUGGAAAGGGAUCCGAUUCGAGUGACACGGAAUCCGAGCCAGGUAUCGUUUUGAAGCGGAAACAGCGACGUUCCCGGACGACAUUCAGUGGCGAUCAGCUUGAAGCACUGGAAAAGGCAUUUGCUCGCACGCAAUAUCCCGAUGUCUAUACUCGUGAGGAACUCGCUCAAACCACAAAUUUAACCGAGGCACGUAUCCAAGUGUGGUUCAGUAAUCGUCGGGCACGUUUACGCAAACACUCGGGCAGUGCAAUGCCACCCGCAGGACAACUUUCCGCCGGAAUGUCGCAAUAUCCGUCGGCAAAUGAUGCAUAUCAGAUGGCUGCCAGCUACGAUUUGAUGUCACAAAGUCAGAAUGCAUUCGCGUCUGGCUUCCACAAUGCAGCGGCGUUCAAUGCGCAAAAUUACGCUGCAAGUUCCAUGCAUUUCCAACAAGGCAUGUCAGAUUACAAAUUCAUGGAAGACUUUGUGAAGCAAAAUCCAGCAUCGUCGCAUCUCGAUAAAUUACCGUCCCCGUCACUCGGAGAGAAUUUCCCAAAAUUAGCGAAUGAGCCGACAACAGGAUGGUCUGCGCAAUACUCAUCUCAAGCACCGUAUGGAGCAGCAGCAGGCAGUGCAGUUAAUUGUACUUCAGCUAACGACUAUCAUCAUACGAUGCAACAACAAUAUCAUCAUAAUAACCCGUUGUCAGUAUCGUCCGCUAAAUAUUGGUCAUGAGUUUGAGUUUUUUCUUUGUCCUAAAAAUGUUACUAUUUAAAUUUAGUUUUUAUUUUUUCGAAAAUACUCGUAAGUUAAGGAAUAU